ACAAAACAGAAAAAGAAACAUUACUCACAAAGUUCCAGUAGAAAAUGAAUAAGGUAUUGAUAUUACUUCUUCUCUCUGUCUUUUCUAUGUUCACAAGUUCCAAUUGUACACCUGAAUCCGACCCGAUUCUUGACAUAAACGGAAAAAUCCUCCGAACACACACUACGUAUUUCGUAGUGCCAGUAAAUCACAAAUAUGGUGGUAUUUCUCUAGAAACCACUGGCAAUGAGAAAUGUCAACUUGGUAUAGUCCAAGAAAUAUACGAUGUGCACGGAGGUGCCGUAGCAUUAUUCCCAGUGAACCCAAAGAAAGGCAUAAUACGAGUGUCUACUGAUUUAAAUGUUGCGAUUUUCAGCACCCACGGGUGUGGUGAUCAAUCCACAGUGUGGCAACUUGAGACAUAUGAUUCGAAAACAGGAAAGUAUUUUAUUAAAGAUAGGGGAGUUGAAGGAAAUCCUGGUCCUAAGACUAUAAGGAAUUGGUUCAAAAUUGAGAAGUAUGAGCAAGGUUACAAGUUUGUUUAUUGCCCUUCAGUGUGCACUUACUGCAAAGUCAUUUGCAAAGAUGUUGGAGUUUAUAUGGUCAAUGGACAGAGACGUUUGGCACUCAGCAAUGUCCCUCUUGUGUUCAAUUUUAAAAAGGAAUUCACUUCUUAAAAUCGAAAAAAUAACGAAUAAUAAUAAUUAGUACAAGGACAAUAAGUUGUUCUAUAAAAGAACAAUAAUGUAAUAAUGCGUGCCUAAGCCAUGCUUUUAUUUCUUCUUUGUUGUUUUUAUUGUCACUGAAUAAUACAUGUAUUUUGCAAUCCCUUUUGGCUUUAAUUUGAACUGGAAAGAUUUCGAGCUUUGUUGGAUGUACGAGGCUAAAAUU